UUAUGCGCGUCCACGUAGCGAUAACGCACGUUCAUGCUGGUUUCCAUGGUGCAACAGUCAUUCGCGCUUUGGAUCAAACCAGUCGAGCGCGAGUGGGCGGGAUUAAUCCGGUUAGUCCAAGAUGGCGGCUGCCUUCAAUGAAAGAAUGGGGCUGCUGUUUGGGAUUUGCAUCUCUUUCCUUCUAAGCAGCGCUUGGGCUGUGGAUAAGGGGAACUUCAAAACCUGUGAUCAGAGUGCAUUCUGCAAACGUCAGAGGGCAGUGAAACCCGGUCAGUCUCCAUACCGAGCUUUACUGGACACUCUGGAGCUCAGUGACUCCAGACUCACUCUGCAACUAAUCAAUGACAACAAUAAGGUGCACUUGCUGUUGGAGCUCUACAGGCUCCAGGGGAACAUCACUCGUGUAAAAAUAAAUGAGCUGAAACCCCUGAAGCCUCGAUUUGAGGUGCCUGAUGUGCUUGUAGGGGAGCCACCCACUGAGCUUCUCUCAGUGCUGUCUAAGGAUGAUAACGGUGUGGUUUUGUCUCUGGGAGCGGACAGCCAGAGGCUCAUAGUUAGCGCUCGCCCCUUCAGGCUGGAUAUCAUGGAGGGGCCUGAAGUGCUGCUGUCGCUGAACUCUCGUGGCCUGCUCGUUUUUGAGCACCUGAGGCUGCGGAAAGACACUCAGGCAGACCCAGAGAAUGCAGAAGUGAAAGAGAAUGUUGAUGGAGCUGAGGAGCAGGACAAUGAAGAGAAGGCAGAAGAUGGAGGGAAAGACAAAGAAGAAAAAGAAGAUGGCUUGUGGGAGGAGACCUUCAAGUCGCACACGGACAGUAAACCCAAUGGACCAACUUCGAUUAGUUUAGACUUCUCCUUGCCUGGAGUAGAACAUGUUUAUGGCAUACCAGAGCAUGCGGACAGCCUUAAACUCAAGACCACAGAUGGGGGAGACCCAUACAGGCUGUACAAUCUGGAUGUGUUCCAGUAUGAGCUGUAUAACCCCAUGGCUUUAUACGGAUCAGUGCCAGUGAUGCUGGCCCAUAAUGCUCAGAGGACCAUGGGCAUCUUCUGGUUAAAUGCUGCUGAGACCUGGGUGGACAUCAGCUCCAAUACUGCUGGCAAAACAGUGUUUGGGAAAAUGCUGGACUUCGUUCAGGGCUCCAGUGAGACUCCACAGACUGACAUACGCUGGAUCUCUGAGAGUGGCAUCAUCGAUGUCUUUAUCAUGCUUGGACCCACACCAUCUGAUGUCUUCACACAGUAUGCCUCACUUACAGGCACCCAGGCCUUCCCUCCUCUGGCUGCACUGGCCUACCACCAGUGUCGCUGGAACUACAAUGACCAAGAUGAUGUGAAGGCAGUCGACCAGGGCUUUGACGAACAUGACAUCCCAUAUGACUUCAUUUGGCUGGACAUUGAGCACACAGAUGGCAAGCGCUACUUCACCUGGGACCCUCACAAGUUCCCACAGCCCAAAGAGAUGCUGCAGAACAUCAUGGACAAAAAACGCAAGAUGGUAGCCAUUGUAGACCCUCAUAUUAAAGUGGACAGCGGCUACAAGAUCCAUAAUGAGUUAACCGCUAAAAACCUGUACGUCAAAAAUAAAGAUGGCAGAGACUACGAGGGCUGGUGCUGGCCAGGGAACUCUGGUUAUCCAGACUUCACUACACCAGAGAUGAGAGCCUGGUGGGCCAGUAUGUUCGCAUUUGAUCAGUAUGAGGGUUCGAUGACGAAUCUUUAUACAUGGAACGAUAUGAAUGAGCCGUCCGUAUUCAAUGGCCCAGAGGUUACCAUGUAUAAAGACGCAGUACAUGGCAAGUGGGAACACAGAGACCUCCACAACCUCUACGGCUUGUAUGUGCAAAUGGCCACAAUGGAAGGUCUGAUCCAGAGGUCUGGGGGAACAGAGAGGCCAUUUGUUCUCACUAGAGCUUUCUUCGCUGGCUCACAGAGAUAUGGGGCUGUGUGGACCGGAGAUAAUGCAGCCGAGUGGGACCACCUGAAGAUCUCCAUCCCCAUGUGCCUGAGUCUUGGGCUGGUGGGCAUCUCAUUCUGUGGAGCUGAUGUUGGUGGCUUUUUUAAGACCCCCAGUACUGAGCUGCUGGUGCGUUGGUACCAGACUGGCGCCUACCAGCCGUUCUUCCGCGCACAUGCCCACCUGGACACCCCCCGCCGUGAGCCUUGGCUGUUUGGCCCCGAGAACACUGCUGUGAUCCGGGAUGUUAUUCGACAGCGCUAUGCCCUUCUGCCUUACUGGUACCAGCAGUUUUACCAUGCAUACAGGACCGGCCAGCCUGUCAUGAGGCCUCUGUGGGUUGAGUAUCCAAAUGAUGCAGCUUCUUUCACAAUUGAUGAUGAAUUUCUGAUUGGUCGAGAUUUGCUGGUUCACCCUGUCACUGAGGAAGGGUCACGAGGAGUCACAGCCUACCUGCCUGGAUCUGGGGAGGUUUGGUAUGAUGUCCACACAUUCCAGAAACACAGUGGUGCUCAGAAUCUCUACAUUCCAGUCACCAUGAGCUCUAUCCCGGUGUUCCAGCGUGGUGGCUCCAUCAUUCCUAGAAAGGCCAGAGUCCGUAGGUCAUCUGUGUGUAUGGAGAAUGACCCCUACACCUUGUAUGUGGCUCUCAGUCCACAGAGAGUUGCUGAAGGUGAGCUCUACAUAGAUGAUGGCCACACCUUUGAUUUCCAAACAAAGAAAGAAUUUGUUCAUCGCAGGCUAACCUUCUCCAACAAUUCCCUGACAUCCAAAAACUUAUGUUUGGAUUGCAAAUUCAACACUAAAUCUUGGAUUGAAAAGAUUUUCAUAUUGGGAACCACUAAGCCCAAAAAGGUUACACUUCAAAUGAAUGGCCAAAGCACUGUUGUGGAGUUUGAGUUUGAUGCCCCCAUGUCUGUGUUAACCCUGCGCAAGCCAGGAAUGAAUGCUGCAGCAGACUGGACCAUCCUUCUGCAGUAACACACUGGAGGAAACGGGACCCUGAGUGGAGGAUCUAAUCCAAGGACCAAGAUUGAGUGGUUUACUGAAACUGACCAAUAGAUACAAGACUACUCAGAAAAAUACAAUCAUGUUUGUUAUUAAAUCCUACACUGUGUACACAUGAGCGCGCACACACACACACGCGCACAUCUACACACAUACACAAUCAGGUAAAGGGGUGAAUUGUGAUUCAGAAAGAGGGUAUUUCAGAUUAUUUUGGGGACUGAAUAGGUGUGGAUUGGUAGAUUUUAAAUGUUCUAAGCCCAAUGUCAGAAAAACGAGUAACGUUUCAAACUAUUUUCCUGUAGUAAAUGAUCUAGUCAGCCUGUUCUCAUAUGCCUGUGAUGAAACGGAAUGGAGAGCAUGUUUGUGGCAUUUGACUCAUUCCAAUUAAUUUCGAUUCAGUUUAAAAAUAGUUUUUCUACUUUUCAUUGAUUUUAUAGUAGAUUAAGGGAUAACAGGGGGCAGCACCUUCAAGAUCUACAAACCUGGAAUGAUGUUUCAGGGAGUUAAAGUGUUUUCCAGUUUCUUUAAUGCUUUUGUUUAAAUUUUCUUUUUCUUAUUUUUUUGUACUUUGUUUUUCAAGCACUUAAAUACAUCUGAGGGUGAUUAGAUAUGUUUAACAAAAACAUUAACCCAAAGUUUACAAUUAAUGCAACAAAGGUUGCUAUGUAGUGAUUAUGUGAUGGUUACCAUUAUUGAGGAGAUGCUAAUAAUAUCUUUAGUUGCAUCAUGUGCACAUGUGAUUUUUUUUUUUUCUUUCCUUGUGAAUUCCUGCCAUGUCUGUUGAUAGAAAUAUUACAUUAAAAUAUCCCUAGAUUUGCUCUAGUGAGGACAACAAGCCUAUUUUUUCCCUUCACAAACUUAGUGUAAUAAAACCUUUCAGGAGACCUUCAAAAAUGUCUUUUUUGUCAUGAUAAAUCUUACAGGCUGUGAUUUAAUGACAUCUUGAUAUCACCUUGUUCGGGCAAGACAGUAAUAAUAAUUAAAAAAAAAAAUAAAGGUCUCUAAUUUGAA